AUCCAAGCAACAAUUUUUGUGAAAUUGGGACGAACGAAACGUAUUUAUUAAAAAUGAGAGCCCUUGCGGUUUCUUUAAUAAGUUUAACUUUAACAGCAGCUGUAAUCGGCAAUGCAUAUUAUCAAAAAAAGCAAUUUUAUCCAAGUGUGGUGUAUAUCACAAAAACAAAUGCUAGUAUGGCUGUGAUAUAUGUACAAGCAUUUAUUUUGGUGAUGCUCAUGGGAAAAUUAAUGCGCAAAGUCUUUUUUGGGCAAUUAAGAGCAGCCGAAUUUGAACAUUUAAUGGAAAGAUCUUGGUAUGCAAUAACAGAAACCUGUCUAGCAUUCACAGUUUUUAGAGAUGAUUUCAAUCCAAAAUUUGUGGCAUUGUUUACGGUAUUAUUAUUUUUAAAAUCAUUCCAUUGGCUUGCAGAAGAUCGAGUUGACUAUAUGGAGAGAAGUCCUAUUAUAAGUUUAUUAUUUCAUAUCCGAGUUUUGGGUUUACUAACAUUGCUAGGAGUUCUAGACGUUUAUUUCUUGAGUUCUGCUUACCAAUCUACUGUAACCAAAGGGGCAUCAGUUCAAUUAGUUUUUGGAUUUGAAUAUGCUAUUUUGUUGACUAUGGUUGCAAAUACAGCAAUAAAAUAUUGCUUACAUGCUGCUGAUCUUCGAUCUGAUUUACCAUGGGAUGGAAAAGCGGUACUAUUAUUAUAUACUGAGUUGAUUGUUGGAUUUAUUAGAGUGUUAUUAUAUUUAGCAUUUGUUGCUAUUAUGGUUAGAAUAUAUACUUUACCACUCUUUGCCUUCAGGCCAAUGUAUUAUACAAUGAGGAACUUCAAAAAAGCAUUUAAUGAUGUUGUACUAUCUCGAAGAGCUAUUCGUAAUAUGAAUACUUUGUAUCCUGAUGCCACAAGUCAAGAGCUAGCAGAUGCAGACAAUGUUUGCAUUAUAUGCCGGGAGGAAAUGAACAAUACAUUUGGGGCUGUGUUCACACCGCCUCCAGUACCACCCAAGGACCUUGCUACUCUUUCUGAUGAAGAAGUGAGAGCUAUGGAAGGUCAUGAAAGGUGUCAUGUUGAAGCAAGAAUUAAGUACAUACGAGAAAUUCAACUGAUGUUAGAUACAUCCAUUGCUCUUAUGAAUAACUAUCAAACAAUAGUAUCAAGGCUGCCUCCUUAUAUACCGGAAAAUCUUGAAAAACAGUCAGAUGAUGUAAAUGAAUCUACACAAGCUUCAAGCAAAAGUAAAUCUAGUAUAAACGAUCCAGGUCCUUCUACAUCAAAGAUUAAUGAACCAAGUACAAGCAAUCCAACAUUAGUAAAUGAUACAUUAGAGCAAACAAUUCCUUCAGGGCCAAAUGAUGAAAUAAGAAGACGACGUUUGAGACAUUUUGAAAAUAACCAAUAAAACAAUUUUAUAGAAUGUA